AUGGAUGAUCGAAAGUCUCCAAUCCACUCCUCAACUGAACCCAUUCCUCGGCCCGCAGGAUGGAUGUACAAAUCGGGCUCCAUCGGCAAGUUCUCCACGAGCUGGUAUGCCUCGCCGCGUAUCCAACUGGGCAUGGUCGCCUUCGUCUGUUUCCUCUGUCCCGGCAUGUUCAACGCCCUGAGCGGCUUGGGCGGCGGUGGAAAGGCCGAUGCCAGCUUGGCAGAUAAAAUGAACAUCGCUCUUUACAGUACCUUCGCAGUCGUGGGUUUCUUCGCCGGAACCAUCGUUAACCGUCUCGGCAUCCGUUUCGCUCUCUCCUUCGGUGGAAUUGGUUACUGUAUUUACUCCAUUAGUCUGCUAGUCUCGGUGCAUAAGUAUGUCCCAGGUUUCAACAUCUUCGCCGGUGCCUUCCUCGGUGUGUGCGCCGGUCUGCUCUGGGCCGCCCAAGGCACCAUCAUGAUGUCCUACCCGACAGAACAACAGAAGGGCCGCUAUUUCGCUUGGUUCUGGGCUAUUUUCAACGUCGGCGCUUGUAUCGGCAGCUUGAUCCCCCUCGGCGGAAACAUCAACGUCACAGAGAACAAGACCGUCGGCGAUGGCACAUACAUUGCCUUCAUUGUGCUCAUGUUUACAGGCGCCUGUCUGGCCCUCUUCCUCUGCGACGCAGACAAGAUCGUCCGCCCCGACGGCUCUCGCGUCAUCCUCAUGAAGCACCCGAGCUGGAAAACCGAGAUCGUCGGCCUCUGGGAAACUAUCCGCUCAGAGCCCUGGAUCGCCUUUCUCUUCCCCAUGUUCUGGUCUUCCAACUGGUUCUACACCUACCAGCAGAACGCCAUCAACGGCGCGUACUUCAAUACUCGCACCAAGUCUCUCAACGGCUUCUUGUACUGGUUUGCCCAGAUCGUCGCUGCUGUCAUCAUCGGCCCCCUGCUCGAUAGCGGACGCGUUAGACGCUCCGUUCGUGCUAAGGUUGCCCUUGUCACGCUUUUCGUCCUUACGGUUAUUAUCUGGGGUUCUGGAUAUGCUUGGCAGAAGAAGUAUACCCGCGACGACGUGGACACGAAAAUCCACCCUGACUUCAAGGGCUGGGAUUGGUCGACUUCCGGUUACGUGGGCCCUAUGUUCCUCUACUUCUUCUAUGGAAUGUACGAUGCUAUCUGGCAGGGUGUUGUCUACUGGAUCAUGGGUGCUCUCGGCAACUCCGGCCGCAAGCUUGCCAAUCUCGCCGGCUUCUACAAGGGUCUCCAGUCCGCCGGCGCAGCCGUGAUGUGGUCAUUGGACCUCCACAAGCUGCCCUUCAUGAACGAAUACGCGUCGAACUUCGGGCUGCUGUGUGGAUCGAUUCUAUUCGCUGUGCCGGUCGUCUUCUUCAAGAUUAAGGACUCUGUUCCUGUUGAGGAGGAGCUCAAGGGUACAGACGAGACGCUCGAGGAUGUUCUGCCCCCUGGUGCUAUUGAGUCGAGGCACAUGGGUGAAGAGAAGAUCUAG